AUCACUCGCUGACCUGCUCAGUGCACUGGAACAGUACAAUGACGAACUCGCAAAUAUAACCUACAGCAACAGCACCGAUAUGCUAGGUUCAGCCCUCGACGCCCUGUACGACCUGCUCGCCAUCCUGAACACAACCUCAGCCACGACGCGCUUUGUUUUGCGAUAUAUUGAAAUAGAAGGCUGCCAGGAGAACUCUACAGCAAUAACAGGCAAAGUGUUUGACGUUGUUAAGCAGAUCGUUGACGAACUCUGCGAAGCAGUCCUUCAAGACGCGGGCAGUGGGAAUGCUGAAGUCGUGCAGUGCCUCGAGGACAAGAUGUAUGAAAUGGCCGGGAACUUACGGAAACUCGGCAUAAGCGAGACAGAAAAGGGCAUUCUCAGGUGCCACAUAACCAAUGCCAUAAACUUGCUUCAGGAUUACAGAGAGGGCAUUCCAAUCAGCGUAAUGCAAGAAUGUUUAUAACUCACCUGGUAACCACUUUGAGGAAAGAAGACAAG